AUGGCUAGGGAAACGACUAGGGGCGCCUUCCGCACCGCUAGCGCCGUCACGAUCUCCUAUUCGGAACUCAAGGUACAUUCGAAGUGACGACUGGUUUUAUCUUCUCUUCGAUUUUCGGAUUUAAUUGUAAUCGUUGUCUUUUUAUGUGGAUUUCUUCCCGACCUGACUUUGGAUCGGGACAGGACAAGAAGUCGGAUUUGUCAGCGAAGAUAAAGGAGGGCUUUGGACCGAACGGUUUGGGAAUUCUAUCCGUUUCGGAUGUACGUAAUAAGCUUCCGCUCAAAAAUCUCCGUCCUGUCUCAAAGUGAAAAAUUCCACGGCCUUCUAGCUUUUUAUUAAUUGAUCCGAUAACAUUAUUUCAUGCUAGCGACUAUUCGAUGAUUAAGUGAAAAUCUGACUUGUCCAGGAGGCUAGAUUUUUUUCCUGUUGUGGAGGGAGUGAGUGGUAAAACUUGGAUGAUGUCAGGAGGUCGCAUGGCGUUAUGUUCUGGAGUUGUUUUUGUUAAUUAUAUCGUUGAUAAUUGUCUUAUAUCCCGUGGUACAUGCUACUAACAGGUUCCUGAAUUCCCCUUGCUUAGACAAGAUCUUCUCCACCUUUCCCCCAGGUAAUCAUUCCCGAGAUUAUCUUAGACAAGAGGUAUGUUCUUGUAUGUUAACUUCAUUUUUCCGUCCAGGUUGGCUAACCUUCCCGAGAAUUUGAAAAGGGAGCUUGAAGAUCCAGAUAGUAGGUAAUGGCCUGAGAAACUACAAAGAUAUAUUAUACAUAUACUCAUUUGAACAUUUUGUAGAGUAUUAUUUUAUACGUGCUACCAAGGUAGGAAUAAGGAAUAUAAUUUUUUUUUAAUAAAUUUCUGUCUAGUUGCCUUGUAUUUUUAUAUUUUUAAAGGUGAUUAAUUUACAGGUACAGCUUUGGAUGGAGUCAUGGAAAAGAGAAGCUGGAAUCUGGAAAUUUUGGUCCGGUCCUCCAUCCUUAAGUUAUGCUAGUCUUACGAGGUUCUAGUCAGUUAAAAUGUUCGUUACUGGAAUUUAUUGACUCGUUCGUUUUCUUUUCCUUAUUCCUUUCAACUUUUGUAUUCACUCAUUUACAUCAUUUAUUUUCUAUUGAUUUGUGUUGGGAUGUUUUCAUUAAUGAGAAUUUUUUCUAUGGCACAUAGCAUACCAAAAUAGGUAUACCUGUGUAGUAACCAUGCUUUGCAAGGAUUCUUUGUUUGCUUUCCAUGUUUUGACCUAUUUACAGAAAUUCUGCUUUCGCUGUUUGUUUACGCAGAUACCUUCAAAGGUUCCUUCUAUGCCAAUCCAAUUUUAGAUAUUCCGACCACUGAUAUUUCUCUUAUUCAAAGGUAUAGAGGUGUUGCCAUAGCCUUCUGCUAUACAAUUGAAUUUUUUUUUCUGUAUUUUCUUAUAAAGCUUUUUAUUUCAUGACAUUUCUUGCUUAUCGUCAUUAAACCAAUGAUGCCAUAUGAUAAUAUAAUAUAAAGUUCAUCAUUGAAUUUAUAAUUAUAUUUCAGAGAAUGGUCAGAAAAAUAAAGGAAUGGAUUUAUGGAAUGUGGUAACCUGUAUUGUGUGACUGGGUUUGUUAGUGAAGUUUUUCUUGAACCAAUUUUCCUCCAAAGUUCUUAUUGAUGGAAAUCGACGUACCUGUAUUUUCCAUCAAUGCGGAAAAUGACGAACAUUUUCCGAUCUUUCUCCUCUUUUCUUAUGUUCGAUCCCCGCAAUCAGAACCUCUCUCCUAUAGAUGAAGUGUCUCCAUACGAGUUGUAUUGUUCUGUUGCGUUAAAACCCCAAGGGCAGGCCUUUAUAUAGUACGCUCCAUAACCGUAUUAUUAUUUUGCCCCGGGUAAACCCUAAUAUCACGAAUCAUUUAUAAUCGCAUUAAUAUUCAAUUUGAUUAGAAAAGUCACCUUAAUGGAGUUUGACUUCAACAUAUUUGCUGUCGGUUGAUAGAUCUUAUGUUAUAAUUCAGAAUGAUUUUUCGUAUAAUACAUUAUUUUUCUGUUUCGUGCUUCAUAGAGAGCACAAACGAAUUGUCAGACAUCAUGCCCUACAGUCAUCUCUUUUUCUUUUUUUUCUUACUUUUAUUUGCGGUCGUGAAAAAUAUAUAGUGAAGAGAACGCUUGUAUCCCACGUCUUAAUGUGAACUUGAGAGCACAUUUUCUUGUUUCCCAAUGCACUCCUGCGUAUGACUUUACUGAUUUAUUUUUAUUUGAAUGAAGGUAUCCAUCUUACUGUCGACCAAAUAAAUGGCCUAACACUAGUUUGCCUGAACUUGAAGGAGGUAGGUAGUUGCCUUGUUGUGCGAUCCUCUUGUGUGCAUUUCAUGACACAUUUAGUGAAAAGUAUUUAUGACUGCAUGAAGAUUACAAUGGGUUUAGUAUCGUGAAUAUCUUUUUCACAGUUGGAAAGAUUUUGAUUUUGAUUUUUUAUUUAAAUUUCCAUAUUUUUACGACCGAAAUGUACAUGGCAUACCAUGUUUUCGAUCUAACAAGUAAUUGAAAUCCGGAUGAAAGAGCGUUAUUUUUUCUGUUCUAUACUGUUGAGAUGAAGAUCCUCUGAUCUGAUUUCCAAAUGUUAAUUACCUAGUGAUCUAAUAGACGAGAUUUAUCAAAUAGUGAUCAAAUAUAUGAUAUUUCAAUUCAAGUUUCCCUCACUGUUACACUGUUUCCUGCCAAUUUUGUAGCAUUCAAAGCUCUUGCAAAGCUGAUAAUGGAUGUUGGACUGCUUUUGGCUCAUCAUUGUGAUAAAUAUGGUGUGUCGACUUUCUUCUUCCACUUUAUUAUUGUGUCCGGUGAUCUUUCCUUCUAUUUGUCUUGAUUAAGUUGUUGCACGAUUUAGUUAAUAACCCACAUAGACUGUUGAGUAAGUUUUUAGAUUUAAUUAGUUCUUGAUCUCUACAGAUGUAUUUGAAUCAUUGUUAAAACUGAAAGUCUUAUUUCUGGAAUCGUUUCUGAUUCAUAAUAUACAAAUACGUGUACCUACAUAUAUACGCAUAUAUAUAUAUAUAUAUGGAAUAGCCCUUAUUUUGACCCCAACCAGCUCAGGGCAGCCUCAGGAUUGGAUCCACAUGAUAAGAACCAGGGGAUCGCCGGUUAUGCAGCGAUCUGAAAAUGACUGAAAUUAAGUUGUUGACUGGAAAGUGGCGGAGAUAGUCCCAAAAUCACACUGGAAGGCUAUUUAACUCUCUCAUUAUCCAGAAAACUCUUCUCUCCUCCCUGAAUUUCAGUAUUUUUCUUCUUUCGCAGUGUAUUCGGAGCUCAGGGUUCUUAUAUUUUCUAGCGAAAUAUUUCUGAGAAUAUUCGCAUCCAAUUUAUCCUACAUUGAAUUUUAUCUUCUAAGAUCAUAACCCACUUUUCACUUCUGUGACAACCCGUCUAAUGGAGUUCACAGUCCAAAUCUACCUCCUAUAAAUUAAGGAAGGAAAUAAGAUAUUAUAAUGGAAUUGAUUAUGGCUUACAUUUUUUCUGAAGACAAGGAACCCCAGUCAACCCUGAUAAAACCAUUGGAUGAUCUCAAAUAUUUUUAUUUCUUAGAAAAAAGAUAUUCGAAUGUUAAACAUAACCACAAAUAUCAUCCAGUUUUCGCUUUUUGGCUUCUGACUAAGAUCAUUGACCUAAUGUUUUUUUAAUGUUUUUGGUUCAACUUUUUUCUUCGCUGAUACAUUUUUAUCACUGGUACGAAACAGUAUCAGAAAAUAAAGCAUUGCAGCAGGGUGAAUCUCUGGAAGAUAUACUUGGGCGUUCUCGUUGUCAUAAAGGCCGCCUGCUUUACUACUUUCCAAGGCGGCAGAGGUGAUAUCUCCUGUCCUACCACCCCGAUUAAAAUAUCCAAUUAUCGAAUUCUUAUCAAACUUCCAGACCCGUAACGCUAUAUUUUCCAGUAAAUACUGUCUUUUUGUUCCGACUAUUGCCUCUGCCGCUUCCGGUUGUAACUGUUAUGAGUACAUUGUCCACGAUGAAAAGCUCAAUUCCUGUUUAUGUUGGCCUUUCUUCCUGCAGUGGGAGUUCAACGGAAAAUCUCACAGCAUCAUCCUGGUGUGGAUGGCAUACUGAUCUCGGAUCUCUCACUGGUGAUUGUCUGCUUUUUCUCGUUUCUUGUCAUUCCGGCAUACCCAGAUCCAAAUACUCGCUUCUUAUUGAUUGUUCUUACUCAAGUUGAUAUCCUGGAAAUUUGUCUAUUUUUUUGCCUAAAAAUAAUAUAUAUGUCUCCUAAUGGCUGCUGCCUUUCUCACAUAAUCUGCUACUCGGACAAAGUUGUGAAAACUCGAGACCCUCUUUCCUUUAUAGGCCGUCUGCACUUUACUUGCCAGAGGGAAUCAUCUUUUACGAAAUCUUCCUUGUCCAGAAUAUAUGACGCACCAAUUCGAGUGGAACAUUGGAAAACCCGAGCUGUAAAUAGUAAUAAAUUUCCCAUUUACUCGUCCUUUAUUUCCGUACAUAUUGUUCAUCGGAUCCGUUCGUCUUCCCGGACCCAGAGCCGUUCUUCUUUUCCGUGCAAGUUUUCUGCGCGCCGGUUGCAUCCACAUGGAUAGUAUCAGUCGUUUUGCCUAGUUUGUGCGAGUUCUUAGCAAUCCUGUUUCGAAGCUAAUGCGUCUCUGGCGAACCCAGGGCUCACGUGUGGCAUGUUCACGAGAAAUGGACUGGAAAUAUCACCUCCUGAUAGUGCCGCCGGUCUUUAUGUUAGAACACGGGAAGAAGAAGUUGUGAAGGUAACUUCCUCUCGCCUUUUCAUUUCUUCAGAAUCUGGCAGUAUGAGAGUUAUGCAUGCCCUUUUGAAGUCAAACAUUCUGCGCCGUGAUAUCACUGAACUUCGAAUUGAAUACUAGUUGACCUAGUAGAAAGAGACCCUUCCUUUCUCAGAAUGUUGUCAGGUUUCUGCAGGAAUCAUUCUCAAAGUAAUUAUAACCACGUUUUACUACGAUAUAAUAUUCAACCUUUUGUGAUGCCUUAAUAUCCCAUUAACAUCUCUCUCUCUCUCUCUCUCUCUCUCUCUCUCUCUCUCUCCCUUUACCUUUCCCUCCCCCUCAUUCACACACUGCGGAAACCCAAGUUGACUAACCCCCAAUAGUGCCAGGAACAUAAAGAAUAAAGCUUCAUUUUGUUGUUCCGCAUUGCCCCGCAUUUAUGCAUUAUUCUUUCUCCACUCGGUAAGAUGAAGAGGCUCGUUAUCUUUUCUGCGAUCUGCUAGGUUGUCUUCGGCGAAGAUCAAAUAGCUUACCAGAUUGGGGAAACAACUGAGAUACUAUCUAGAGGCCAUCUCUGUGCGACACCGCACUGUGUAAAGGUAUGCAUUGCAGAGAAUGUACAACAAUCUUGGGAAGCUCCUUGAAAAUAGCAUGUUUCAUAUUUAAUUUAUUUUUAUAAAGCAUAUUCUACCACCAUGACAUUUAUAUAUAUAUAUAUAUAUAUAUAUACAUAUGCAUGCAUAAUGAUAGGGCUCAGCUGCUUGUCUAUCAUUAUGGCGAUGGUUCUUCAAUGGGCAGGCCCCGAAAGGAGACGAAGCUGUGGGGGUAGAACGCUCAACUUUUGCUCUGUUCAUGCAACCAGAUUGGUGAGCACGACGAUGAGGAUUCAUUCAACAGCUGAAAUAAAUAGAUUAUGAUGACUAACUAAUGUUGACGGUCGUGUCUCAGAGUAACCAUUAGGUUUUACUUCUUUUAGCCCAAAUCAUCAACCUUUCCAAGUCAAUAGUCAGUUGACAUUGAGUAGAGUCAGACCCUCAUUUCCAAUCAUGCGAGAGAGUCUACUAGAAUGUGACUGAUCCCCAGUUCAGUUCUUACUCCGCUUCUUCUGCGUUGAUUUCUCUCCCUUUGACCCUCGCAGGGAUCAGCAACUGAGGUUUGCGAACCAAGUACAUCUGCAUCGAGAGGUAACCUACCCGCUCCAAUCCCUCUCUCUCUCUCUCUCUCUCUCUCUCUCUCUCUCUCUCUCUCUCUCUCUCUCUCUCUCUCUCUCUCUCUCUCUCUCUCUCUCUCUCUCUCUCAUCCAUCGCCGCUCUCCUGCUUGCCCUCCACAGCUGAUCCCGCUCGGCGGGGCCCUCACCUUCGGCGAGUACUCCGAGAUGCUCCUCGACGAGCACUACCACCGCCGCCUCUCGACGUGA